CCGGCACCGACCGGGCUGCUUGCCAGAUGCCCGCUCCGUCCUCGCCCAAUGCAGCCACGGCGCUGACCAAGCCGCGGGCGGGCGGCAUGCCCAUGCGGCGCGUGCUCGUCCUCAACUGCGGCGGAACGAUUGGCAUGCAGGACACGGCUCACGGGUAUGCGUGCGGCCCUCCCGGCUUCCUCAGCGGGAUCUGCCGCUCCGUGCCGAUGAUCCACGACCCGGCCUUCGACCUCGCGCCGCACCUCGACGCCGUUGACGCCGCGUCGCGCGGCGACAUGCUCGUGACGCCAGUCGGCGAGUUUGGCACGCGCACGCUCUUCCGGAUCGUCGACUACGAUCCGCUGCUCGACUCGUCCAACAUGACAGAGAAGGAGUGGGUCCGCAUCGCCUCCGACAUCGCCGCCGCCUACGACGCGUGGGACGCCUUUGUCGUACUGCACGGCACAGACACGAUGGCCUUCACUUGCGCGGCGCUGUCGCUCUUCCUGCACAACCUCGCAAAGACAGUGGUGGUGACGGGCUCUCAGAUCCCGCUCGUCCGCCCGCGCUCGGACGGCAUCUCCAACUUCCUCGGCGCGCUGCUCAUCGCGGGCACCUUCGACAUACCCGAGGCUAACCCUAACCCUAACCCUAACCCUAACCCUAACCCUAACCCUAACCUCAUCGCGGGCACCUUCGACAUACCCGAGGUGGCGCUCUCGGAGAUAAACAGCCGAGAUGCAG